AUGGCUGCUGAAGCACGACAGAUGGAAAGAGACAAAAUAGACGGAGUCACUGCCCGUGAGCGUGCUGGCCAGUCCCUGUUACUUCUGAUCGGCCCUCGUUGCAGAUCCAGCAUCAGCAAGCUCGAUGCUCCGUUGGGGGAUGGACGUGGGCGUAUAUGUAUGGACAUCCUUAAGGCAGACCAUUGGUCGCCACUUCUCACUCUACAGACCGUCCUUUUAUCGCUGAUAAGCCUGUUGGCCGACCCGAACACCGGGGACCCCCUCAACUUGGAAGCUAGCGAUGAGCUUGAGCAUUUCCCCGAGGUGUUCCAGAGGAAGGCUAGACAGUGGACCGUUGAUCAUGCCUACCACAAAGGAAGGAUAGUCAGACCCCGUCACGAAGACAGCAACGCCUACCUACAAUGCGAUCCUGCUGGGCAAGUGGUGGAUGAGGAUGAGGCCCUUGCCAUGGCUUUCCAGCACUCCCUGAGGAGCCCCUGA